AGAUUACCCCCAGCUUAACAGCGUUUCCGUGUUCGAACAGAUUCAUACACUUUGCGCUUCAACUGUUUUUUUCUGUUUUUCUUUCUCCCUUUGCAUUCUAGCAGUUUUUUUUCUCUUCUCUCCAUCGCUAACAGUUUCGAUCGUUUGAUUCAUUCCACUCCCCUCUUACAUACACACUAACGCAUACUUGAAAAAAGGUAAAGUACACGAAUACAAUGCAGCGUCUCGCGUGUGUCUCCUUCGUGCGCCGCAUCGGCGCUCCGUCACUGAUGUCGGUGUCCGCGUGCCAGACGAGCGUGCGCUUCUCGACACAGGACAACUACGUGAACAAGGUUGCCAAGAAGAAGGUCGAGGAGGGCGAUGACGAGCGCUGGUUGGAGGCAGAGCUGGAUGAGAACAUCAACACCCCGGAGGAGCGCUACGCUCGUUCCCGCGAGGUUGAACGCCUGAAGAGGCUCGUGAAGGAGCUGGAUGAGAAACACGCCGGGAACCUCGAGGAGGCGGUGCGAGAGCGCAAGGCGCAGGUAGAUCUUCUCAAGAAACAGGUUGCAGUGCUGCAGCAGAAGAUUGAGGUGCUCUCGAAGCGCGACAGGGAAUAG